CCCUGUUUCAAAAGUGUCGGAAGCUCGCAGCCUUUUAUAAAACAGGCUACAUACCAUUUCCUGCAGCGUGCAGUGUGCACAUGUCCAAAUUAUCAUCAUUGGCCAGGAGCUUCUAUAUCCUCAUCUUGUCGAAACUGAUGAUACCAAGAGUAUACGUAGACCCUCUGACCAUCCACGCUGUGACGCUGCACUUCCCCACCCCGAAAAUCCAUCGCGACAGUCUCUUUGGCUAGACAUGAUCAAUGUAGUGAUAAUCGUUCUCCUGAAUUUGUCAAUCUCUGGUUCCGCACGUUUUCCGCCCAGGUGGCUCGGCCUUUUUUCUCCAUCUACUUAAAAUGGCAGUCUCCCUCGCAUUCUUGCCCCUCAUCGCCUUCCCAUCUUUUUUUUUAUUCCACCUCCCUCCUUCCUGCUGCUUCACCUUCUCUUUCAAUUCCCGUUUUUGAAAGCGCAGCUCAUACAAAAUGGCCAACCCUCCUCACGGUGGUAUCCUGAAGGAUCUCCUCGCCCGCGAUGCUCCCCGCAGAGGCGAGCUCGAGGCUGAGGCCGAGACGCUCCCCGCAAUCGUCCUCACCGAGCGCCAGCUGUGCGAUCUGGAAUUGAUCAUGAACGGUGGCUUCAGUCCUCUCGAGGGUUUCAUGAACCAGAAGGACUACGAUGGUGUCGUCGCCGACUGCCGACUCGCCGACGGCAACGUUUUCUCCAUGCCCAUUACUCUAGACGCUUCAAAGGAGGCCAUCGAUGAGGCUGGACUCAAGCCUGGCUCUCGUGUUACCCUGCGCGAUUUCCGUGACGACCGCAACCUUGCCAUUCUCACAAUCGAAGACAUCUACCGCCCUGAUAAGGAGAAGGAGGCCAAGCUUGUCUUUGGUGGUGAUCCAGAGCACCCCGCUAUCAAGGUCCUGAACACUAAGAUCCAUGAAUACUACAUUGGUGGAAAGCUUGAGGCUAUCAACAAGCUGAACCAUUACGACUAUGUCGGCCUCCGCUACACCCCCGCGGAGCUUCGUAUCCACUUCGACAAGCUCGGCUGGUCCCGAGUUGUCGCUUUCCAAACCAGAAACCCUAUGCACAGAGCUCACCGUGAGUUGACCGUCCGUGCUGCACGUGCCCGUCAGGCCAAUGUCCUCAUCCACCCUGUCGUUGGUCUGACCAAGCCCGGUGACAUUGACCACUUCACCCGGGUCCGCGCCUACCAGGCCCUUCUCCCUCGCUACCCCAACGGUAUGGCAGUCCUCGGUCUCCUGCCCCUCGCUAUGCGUAUGGGUGGCCCCCGUGAGGCUAUCUGGCACGCGAUCAUCCGUAAGAACCACGGUGCGACCCACUUCAUUGUCGGUCGUGACCACGCCGGUCCCGGUAAGAACUCCAAGGGUGAGGAGUUCUACGGUCCUUAUGACGCUCAGCACGCCGUCGAGAAGUACCGCGAAGAGCUGGGCAUCGAGGUUGUCGAGUUCCAGCAGGUGACCUACCUGCCCGAUACCGAUGAGUACAAGCCCAAGGACCAGGUUCCCGCUGGUGUCAAGACCCUCGACAUCUCCGGUACCGAGCUCCGCAACCGUCUCCGCACCGGUGCUCACAUUCCCGAGUGGUUCUCUUACCCCGAAGUCGUCAAGAUCCUCCGGGAAUCCAGCCCUCCCCGCGCCACUCAGGGUUUCACCAUCUUCCUUACCGGUUACCAGAAUUCCGGCAAGGAUGCCAUUGCCCGUGCUUUGCAGGUUACCCUCAACCAGCAGGGUGGACGCUCUGUCACUCUCCUCCUUGGUGACACUGUCCGCCACGAGCUCUCGUCCGAGCUUGGCUUUAGCCGCGAGGACCGUCACACCAACAUCCAGCGUAUCGCUUUCGUUGCCGGUGAACUGACCCGCGCCGGUGCUGCCGUCAUUGCUGCCCCCAUUGCUCCCUACGAGCAUUCCCGCAAGGCUGCUCGUGAGGCUGUGCAGGGUACUGGCGGCUCUUUCUUCCUGGUCCACGUCGCUACUCCUCUUGAAUACUGCGAGAAGACUGACAAGCGCGGUAUCUAUGCCAAGGCUCGCCGCGGCGAGAUCAAGGGCUUCACCGGUGUCGAUGACCCCUAUGAGGCUCCCACCAAUGCCAACCUAGUCGUCGAUGUCUCCAAGCAGAGCGUUCGCUCCAUUGUUCACGAGAUCAUCCUUCUUCUCGAGAGUGAGGGCUACUUUGAGCGUCUGUAAAUGUUUUUCUUAUGUUCUAAUUUCCUUUGUUUGAUGCGAUAUAAAGAUGAAGCUCUGAGAUGGGAUUGGUUUGGUUAUGGGUACAAUUAUAGACCGGUUGAAUGCCAUCAUAAUGGAUUGAUUAUGAUCUUCGAACGACGAUGCCUUGCGUUGUAGACAGUAAGCAAGUCAGUAUAUAUUAUGUCACGAAACAUAGAAGUAUGAAAGAUGCGUGCAUUUUAAGUAACCGUAAGGAUCAUAUAAAAUGAUAAUCAGCCUUGCCGGUUUGACUAAGGGCUG